UCUUCGCCGUUUAUCUUCCCGUUCCCCGAUCAAAAAUAUCCCAAACUCUCACACACAUUCUCUUCAUUGGGACUCAUAUUCUUCUUUCUUUUCUUUUUCUUUCUUUUUUCGUGUUUUUAUUUUGCUAUCUCCAAGUAUUUAUCUUUAUGACUUGCUUUGUUCCUAUCCAUGGAUGUAUACUUCUUUGUAAUGGAGAUUACUUCAUUUCUGAAGCUUUUGAGUCAAACUGAUGGUUUUGGAUUUGGGAUCUUCGUUAUUGGUUGCUCCUCUCAGUUUUUCAAUCUCGUCUUUCUCUGUUGUUUGCUUCUUUUGGGACUAAAGUUUCUAUCUUUCAAAGGUACUUCAUUGUUUUUGCAGUAUUUAGAGAAGAUCAAUCGAAUUUCUCCGAACAUUGAGUUUUUCAAUUCCUUCAAUCGAGAACACAAGGAUUGCAACAACAACAACAACAACAACAACAACAACAAUGGGUUCAUUUCAAAAUCUCAUUUGGCUGAUGGAUUGGAUCAGAAGAAACCAAUCAUUUUACACUGGAGUUCUGAUUCUACUAAUAGAUUGAGCUGGGAGAACUGUGAUCUUCUCCUUCUACGUGAUGGGCUUGAUCACAUCCAGAACAGAGAAAAUACCGUGGCGUUAUCGGAGACAGAGCUCGACGAGAAGAAUCAUCAUGGCGAAGAAGAGGAAAGCGAGGACGAAGAAGAAUCACAGUCUCAGAAUGAUGAAGACCAAUUGUUAGACGUUAUUACUCUGAGAACAAUGGUGAAGAGAGAGAGAAAACGUGGAGAUUACAUGAAGAAAGAGCUGGAGAAGGAGAGAAGAGCAGCUGAAUCAGCUGCUGAAGAAGCCAUGGCUAUGCUUCUGAAGCUACGGAUGGAGAAAAGCGUUGUGGAGAUGGAGACAAAACAAUACAAGAGAGUCGCCGAACAGAAGCAAGUGUACGAUCAAGAAGUGAUUCAAUCAUUACAGUGGAUGUUGAUGAAGCUUGAUGAUGACGAAGACAAGAUUCAAAUGUAAACUGUUUGAUCCUCUGUUUUUUUGUAUUUAUGCGUAUAAAACUAUAAAUAAGCAAAAUAUAACAUGUAUGUAUCCAAUUUCGAUUAAACCGAAUUAAUAAUCAAC